GGACGGACGCGUUUUUGUUGCGACACUCUUCCAGCUCUUCGGGGGUGUCCAAGCGCACUUCCUCCCCAUUGCGCUUUCAAAUCUUUCCCUUACUAUCCCAGCUUCUUACUAACCCCCCUCCCCCACUUCCCCCGGCCCCCCUCCCCUCUACCGGGUGGUUUCGUCCGACUCUUGCGGAGAGAGAGAGCGCAGUUGUCGGCUGCAGGUCGCCGGAGAGGGACGCACCACAGAGGCUGAGGACGCAGCACUAGAACCCGAUUAGGUUCCGUUUCUAUUGUUUCUCUGUGUAUCUCUGCCUGGCAUUUGUCAUCAACUUGGGGAAUUACAAUCAUCUUCCAAGGAGUCUGAAAAGGACAGACCACCCCCCCCCCCCAAAAAAAAAACACUACCCACAACCCAGUGAUGCUUAGCUGCUGUAUCCCAGAGGCCCACCUUGGCAGUUAGAGGAGAGGUCAUCACCAUGACGACGACCUCGCAGGACCCCGCCCCCUCGUUAAUGGCCGCCCUCCUCCUCUUCCUCCUCCUCCUCCUCCCCACGGUCUCCAUGCAGACCCCGGUCGACCCCACGACCCCGUCGCUCUUCGACCCGCUGACCCAGCCUGAGUGCACCAAGAAGGAACAUCCCAAGGUCUCCAUCCAAGCGCUCAGUCCGUGGAUCUCCUCGUUCUCCCGCCCCGGCGUGAGAGACUUCUCGCAGCUCACCCUUGACCUGACGAGGAAUGAGCUUAUUGUGGGUGCCAGGAACUUCCUGUUCAGACUGGACCUCAGUAACAUGUCGCUGAUACAGGCGACGGAGUGGGCACCGGACGAGGACACCCGGCGGUCGUGUCAGAGCAAAGGCAAAACAGAGAUUGAAUGUCAAAACUACAUCAGAGUCCUGCUGGUGAACAAGACUGAGGUCAUGUCCUGCGGAACCAAUGCUUUCCAGCCCCAAUGCAUUACCAGAGAGGUGGGGAACCUGAGCAGCGUGUUGGAGCGGGUGAACGGCGUGGCUCGCUGUCCGUACGAUCCGCGGCACAACUCCACGGCGGUGGUGACGGAGAGCGGAGAGCUGUACGCCGCCACCGUCAUCGACUUCUCCGGCCGGGACCCCGUCAUCUACCGCAGCCUCGGAGGCAUGCCCCCCCUCCGGACCGCCCAGUACAACUCCAAGUGGCUCAACGAGCCUCACUUCAUCUCGGCCUACGACAUCGGCCUCUUCACCUUCUUCUUCCUGCGGGAGAACGCCGUGGAGCACGACUGUGGGAAGACGGUGUAUUCUCGAGUGGCGCGAGUCUGUAAGAACGACAUUGGCGGGCGGUUCCUCCUGGAGGACACGUGGACCACCUUCAUGAAGGCCCGGCUCAACUGCUCGCGCUCGGGGGAAAUCCCUUUCUACUACAACGAGCUGCAGAGCACCUUCUACCUGCCGGAGCAAGACCUCAUCUACGGCAUCUUCACCACCAACGUCAACAGCAUAGCAGCGUCGGCGGUGUGUGCCUUCAACCUGAGCGCCAUCUCGCAGGCCUUCAACGGGCCUUUCCGCUCCCAGGAGAACCCCCGCUCCACCUGGCUGCCCACCGCCAACCCCAUCCACAACUUCCAGUGCGGCACUAUAAACGACGAGGGUCCCAACGAGGGUCUGACGGAGCGCAGCCUGCAGGACGCCCAGAGGCUCUACCUGAUGAACGACGUGGUGCAGCCGGAGUCCGUGGACCCGCUCGUCAUGCAGGACGACGUGCGCUUCUCCAACCUGGUGGUGGACAUCGUGCAGGGCAUGGACACCCUCUACCACGUCAUGUACAUCAGCACAGAAUACGGCACCAUCUUGAAGGCCCUUGCUACGCCCAAUAAGAACCUGCAGGGGUGUUAUCUGGAGGAGAUGGAGCUCCUCCCAGUGGGGGUGCGGGAACCCAUCCUGAGUCUGCAGAUCCUCCACAGCGACAGGUCGCUCUUCGUCGGGCUCAACAACAGAGUCCUGAAGAUCCCGCUGGAGAGGUGCUCCACCUACAAGACGGAGACGCUGUGUUUGGAGGCCAGGGACCCGUACUGCGGCUGGGACUUCAGGCAGAGACGGUGCACCACGCUGGAGGAGAGCUCCAACAUGAGUCAGUGGAAGCAGAACAUCACCGUGUGUCCGCUGCGAAACCAAACCACCAAUGGCGGCUUCGGACCGUGGGCGCCAUGGCAACCCUGCAACAACGAUGACGGCGUGGACGGCGUCAGUUCCUGUUUGUGUCGCUCCAGGUCAUGUGACAGCCCGGGGCCUCGAUGUGGCGGCAAAAACUGUGAGGGUUCAACCAUCGAAGUGUCCAACUGCUCCAGAAACGGAGGCUGGACGCCGUGGUCGUCAUGGGGACAGUGCAGCACCACCUGUGGGACGGGCUUCGAGCUGCGUCAGCGAUCCUGUAACAACCCGUCCCCCCGACACGGUGGACGAGUGUGUGUGGGGCCGAGCAGGGACGAGAGGUUCUGUAAUGAAGGCGUGUCCUGCCCUCAGCCCAUCUUCUGGUCCCCGUGGGGCUCCUGGACCAAGUGCAGCACCGAGUGUGGGGGGGGCGUCCACUCCAGGGUCCGCAGCUGUGAGAACGGCAACAGCUGCCCAGGAUGUGCACUGGAGUACAAGGCGUGUAACCUGGAGGCGUGUCCUGAGGUGAAGAGGAACACCCCCUGGACCCCCUGGAUGCCCGUCAACGUGACUCAGGGGGGGGCUCGUCAGGAGCAGAGGAUACGCUACAUGUGCCGCGCCCACCUGUCCGACCCCCACGAGCUGCAGAUCGGACGCAGGAAGGUGGAGACGCGCUUCUGCCCCAACGACGGGACCGCCGCCUGCGAGACAGACACCCUGGUGGAGGAGCUUCUGAAGACUCCUGUGGUGCGAGUGGCCGGUGCCGGCUGGUCGUCAUGGGAGACGUGGUCCAGCUGCUCUCAGAGCUGUGCCAAAGGGUACCGAACCCGCCGGAGGUCGUGCUCCGGGCCGGAGGGGAAGAGCGCGCCCGUGGCCUGCCGAGGGUCUCCGGUGGAGUACCAGGACUGUAAUGUGCAGGCGUGUCCCGUGAAAGGUGCGUGGUCCUGCUGGUCGUCCUGGUCCCAGUGCUCAGUGGGCUGUGGGGGGGGUCACUACCAGAGGACUCGCUCCUGUAACAACCCGGCGCCCGCUAACGGAGGGGAAAUCUGCCUGGGCCUCCACACUGAGGAGGCGCUGUGCAACACACACACCUGCGAUGAUGGUUGUGUGUUGAGAAGGGAGCAGAUGGAGCAGAGUGAGCAGCCUGACGGUGAGCAGCUGACUGAUAGGAAAGGUGGCUGGAUGGCCUGGUCGCUGUGGUCCGCCUGCGAUGACUCUGGCCUGCAGAUGAGGAGUCGGGUGUGUGGAGCUCAGGGAAGCUUGCCCUGUUUGGGGAACAGCACUCAGAGAAGAGACUGCAACGAAAUACCCGUCAUUCUCCCUGCAUCUGGUUUUGAUAAGGACCAACACUGUGGAGCGUUCACCUCCAUCCACCUGAUCGCCACUGGAGUUUCCUGUUUCCUGGGGGCGGGGCUUCUGUCCUUCUUGAUCUAUGUCUACUGUCAGCGCUUCCAUAAGCCUUCGCAGGAGUCAGCCGUCAUCCACCCCACCACCCCCAACCACCUCAACUACAAGGGCAACACCACGCCAAAGAACGAGAAGUACACACCCAUGGAGUUCAAGACGCUCAACAAGAACAACCUGCUGCCGGAUGAAAGAUCUAACUUCUUCCCGACGCCGCUCCAACAAACCAACGUCUACACCACCACCUACUAUCCCACGGCACUCGGCAAAUUCGACUACCAGCCAAACUCCUCCCCCUCGCCCUGUAGGACCUACAACCAAAACAACAACAGCUGAGACUCGCCCCUCCAUCUCUCCGAACCCCCCCCACCCA